AUGAUUAGGAAUACAGGACGAGCCGGCUGCAGCAGCCUCUGCCCAAGCAAACUUAUGGUCAGCAAGCCGCGGGUCAGCCCAGCUCGAGCGCAGGGUUACAGUGCACACCCCCACCCCGCAGCCUCAGCCGCCCUCCUCUGCAGGCAGGACACGCGUCCAGGCGGCAGGGUACGCAUUGCCGUCGGGGCGCUCACUGCCUCGCUUGCCACAAGCGCCACGGCCGGCGACUCCCGACUCUGUCCCACGUACGGCGCCCGGUCCCAGCACCCCAGGCCUCCCGGCCCGCCCAGCCCCGCGCCCAUUCGGCCGCUCCGGCCCGGCCCGCGCACCCCGGAAGUGGACGUCGGGGCCCGAGGAGCAGGGCCCGCUCCCCGCCGCCAUCCAGGCGCGGCCUCUAGGGUCACCCACCCGGGGCUGCACCGCUCUGCGCCCCCGCGGACCCGCGCAGGACUUACCUGGCCAGCCAGCCCCAAGGUACAAGCACAGCAAUGCUGUCCAUCCAGCCAAGCCAAGCGGGAGCUGUCAAGUACAAAGAAAAAGUCUCAUCUUCUGAGCAUGAUGGCCAAAGACUGCCUCUGCUUGUGGUGCCAUGGAGACUACAGGAGCCUGGAACAACUGACUAGGGCUUGUCUCAGCAUGUGUCUUGCUUCAACACGUGAGUUUGUCUUAGCUGACACCAUCCUGCCAAUCAGCCUGAGCCCAAGGAAGCGGCAAGAAACUGCAGCACACCACCAGAAGGCUUUUGGUACUUUUCUCUCUGUGGAGUCCCGACAAAUGGAUCUCAACUACGCAGUGUUAGACUGAUCCAUAGUGAGCCCGGUUUUGGAAGUCAGAUACUCAUUUUCCAGAGUCUGGUGACCUGAAUUCACGUUGUAAACCAAGCUCCCUUUGCAGUCGAAAUCUUCCUGCCUACAUCUCCUCAGCCUGUGAUGGGCGAGACCCUGCAGAGCCUCCUCCAUCUUGGAUUCCUGCUGAGACCAUUUCAGUGUUAACCAGAAUUUGGUCUCCUUGAUGGAGAACCCCAUGGAAAAUUCCCCUACUCUAUCCGAGGAACAGGGUAACCCAUCUCAGCUUCUGUUAACACUGCUUGCUUCGAACUGCUUACUUCUAAGAAGCCUCCCUGCAGCUGUCAAGCAAAAAACCAGGAUGUGGUUUCUGCCUUUAAAAACCCCUGUAUUCUGGGCACCCUGGGCCACACCUAAGUUCUCCAAACACUUGCAUAUAGUCCCAGCCUUUUGGAGUAAAGAUUUUCAAUGGACUCUAA